GAUGCUUGUGGCGCCUUGUGUUGGAUGUGGUCACUCAGAUCUCGAUUCAGUCGUAUCGUGUAGAGAUCGGUAUUUACUGGACUAGAUUUCUACAGUUUAAUGCAUUUGUAUGUUUGUUUAAUUAGAUUCUGUAGGCAUAUUCUAUUUUUUCAUGUAUACGCUUAUUUUUGUUGCACUGAUUAAUGCGAGUGAGACACCGAGUUAGUCGAGCGAGACACCGAGUUAGUGUGCGGACUUUGUAGCAUGUAAAUUUUGACAAGACGAUACUAUGAUUGCUUCCCCCUUUGAUCUUCAAAAUAAAUUCUAUCAACGGCCACAUAAAUGUGCUUAGUAUUGUAGUUUUUUGUGUGGUUUUAUUCGGAACUGUUGUCAACCCGUGGCAUGCAUAUCACGUGGCUAUUUGUGUUUUGUAGUAUUGAAGCAAAACAUCUGUUUAUUCAUGAGAUUAUUUGACGUAUUAAAUUACUCUACUAAGUUAUUUUCACGACCAAGGAGAUGCUGUUUGUGCACAAUGUGGGUUGCAAUUGAUCCACGGGAAUUAAUGCCUACAGAGGAGCAUGAGCGGACUAGCACUGUUUGAGUCAAUUAUGUUUGGUUCUUUACCAAUCAUCUGAUUGAUAUAGCCACAUUUCAGAAGCAUUUUGGCAACUAUGGGGAGAUAGUUGAUUCGGUGAUAAUGAAAAAUAAGCAGACAUCUCAGCCAAGGGGUUUUGGCUUUAUUACAUAUUCUGACCCUGCUAUUGUUGAUAAAGUGAUGGAGGACACCCAUGUCAUCAAUGGAAAGCAAGUUGAGAUAAAGAGAACCAUUCCAAAAGAUUAUAUGCAGUCCAACCCUAAGGAUUUCAGAACUAAAAAGAUAUUUGUUGGUGGCCUUCCCCCAAUACUGACAGAAGAUGAUCUCAAGGAUUUCUUCGAAAAAUAUGGAGCUGUGGUUGAGCACCAGAUUAUGCGUGAUCAUCAAACAAGACGCUCCCGAGGCUUUGGAUUUGUUGUUUUUGAAUCUGAGGAGGUUGUAGAUGAUCUGUUAGCAAAUGGGAAUAUGAUUGAUCUUGCUGGUUCGAAGGUGGAGAUCAAGAAAGCAGAACCAAAGAAAUCCUCAAAUCUGCCAACAUCAACUGGUAGUGAUUCUAGAUCAGCAUAUGGUAGGGAUUCUAGGGACCAUCCUUCUGGGGAUGACCGUGGUGGACUGGCUGAUGCUUAUAGCAGCUACAACAAUGGUGGAUUUGGUCCUUAUAGGAACCAUGGAGGUUUUGUUGGUGGUCACGGCGGGGUACGUGACUACCAUGAGCGAUACAGUCAUUACUAUCCGGGAUUAGGAGGCUAUGAAGGCAUGUCUUCCUUUGGUUAUCCUAGCCGUUUUGGGCCAUAUGGAGGAGGCUUUGAUGGACCUUAUGCUGGAGGGAACUUGUGUGGCUACAGGCGGGGUGGUGAUGAGAGCUUUGGUGGCCCUGGUAGUUAUAGCUUUGGUGGCGCCAUGUAUGCUGGGGCAUAUGAUCCUGCACUAGGUGUUUAUGCACCUGGCGGCACACCUGAUAUGAUGAAUAGGGGAAGUUUUGCCCCAGGACGAUAUCACCCAUAUUGAUGAUUGGAAAGUGUCCUUAAGGAUUUAGCCCAGCAUAACUAUCCUCGACAUGGUUGCUUUUUGAAGUUGUGAUUUUAGCAAUCACUAGCAUACUAGAGAACCCUGUAAUGGUCGAACCCAUGUUCUGUAAAUGCUUGCUAGUUUGUCUGAACUUUAGCUUUUAUUAGUUACCGUGUUGACGGUUUUGUUUGGGAUGAUAUAGAACUAUGGUACUUGUCAUA